GUUGGGCAGAGCGGGCGGCCGUUGGUGCGGCCGGGCGGGCGCCGCCGCCAUGAGCAAGAUUUCCAAGUUGUUCAAGGGGGGCGGCUCGGCCGCCUCCCGGAGCCGCGGCGGCCCCUCGCCGCAGGAGGCCUUGGCGCGGCUGCGGGAGACCGAGGAGAUGCUGAGCAAGAAGCAGGAGUACCUGGAGACGAGGAUCGAGCGGGAGCUGGCGGCAGCCCGGCAGCACGGCACCAAGAACCGGCGAGCUGCCUUACAAGCACUGAAGAGAAAAAAGAGGUAUGAGAAACAGUUGAGUCAAAUUGAUGGAACACUCUCAACCAUUGAGUUCCAGAGAGAAGCACUGGAAAAUUCCCAUACCAACACAGAAGUGCUCAAGAAUAUGGGAUAUGCUGCACAAGCUAUGAAAAAAGUGCAUGAAAAUAUGGACUUAAACAAAAUUGAUGAUUUGAUGCAAGACAUCACUGAACAGCAAGAUGUUGCCCAGGAAAUUUCAGAUGCUAUCUCAAACCGAGCUGGGUUUGGUGAUGAGUUUGAUGAGGAUGAGUUGAUGGCAGAAUUAGAAGAACUGGAGCAAGAAGAAAUGAAUAAGAGAAUGACAGAUGUCAGACUGCCAAGCGUUCCAUCCACAUCACUGCCGUCUCGCCCUGUAUCGACCAGGAAGAGAGCAGAAGAUGAAGAUGAAAUGAAGCAGCUAGCUGCCUGGGCUUCAUGAGAGUGUAGUUUUCUUAUAACAUUGAACAUUACCAUGCAGAUGUUAUAGCAUUACCAAUUCAGUGUGGCCGCAUUUCAUACAGAUUGAAUUUUCUUUUUUCUUUUUUUUUCAAGACCACUCAUACUAAAAAUAGUUGUGUGACUUUCAUGUUGCUGAAUUAGUUUAAAAACAAACAAACAAACAAACAAACCUCAAUAGCUGCCAAAAUUUCCUAGCCCUCCAAGCCCCAAAGUUUUUCCGACCUUGGGCAGAGGUUUGUUUUGUUGUUAGAAUGUUGGCAUUGUGAAAGUAUUUUUAUUCAUAUCAACUUUCCUUAGGCAAUGUCUUACUAUUUCUUGCUAUUUUGUGAAACCUGUAUAUCCCACAUAUGUGCACACAGCUGCAUUUAUGAGUAUUCAGUUCCUGUUUGUAUUCGAUUUAUGAAUGGAAAUGAUUUUAACUCUGAGUAAAAGCUGAUGGAAUAUUCUGAAUGUUUGUAAAGCUGAUGUACAUUAUUGCCAAGUUGACUACUUUUUGAUUUAAGGAGUAAAUGCCACUCUGAAUGCUAAACUACUGUAGAUACAGGUAAAUCACUCACUCUUCAAAUGGAAAACAAAAAUUAAAUAGACUACUUUGUAUGAACAAAUUUUAUUUAGUAAGACUUAAGGGUCUGUGCUAUUAGCUUGCUGUCAAUCACAAUGAAAUAGUAAAACACUAUGGACUUCCUGGGAAGUUGGAAAGCAGAGUCAAAGUGGUCUUGGUUUCUUGUUUUCAAGUUAAUCUAAAUUUACUGGUGAUUGAACCACCUAGGAAAUAAUGGAAGACUUGGCGUCUGUAGAUCUGUAGAAGCAUAAGACUGAUGGCUUCUUAUGGUGGGCUUUAGCUUGUGAUUUGCUGGGUCUAGCAGAUGGCUUCAUCCAAUUGCCUGUUAUAUUUUAUGUUAAGUGUAAACAUUAGUAUGUGUAUUUCUGGACAUGGGAUGCUCAGAACCUUUCAAGUUGAGUUCUGUGGAUGAAGCCAAAAAUUUACACUAUGGAAAUAACUUCUCCUUUUUCAAGACUCUUUCAUUCUCUGCAGUGGAAUUGCUUUUGUUUUGCAUCCAUAUGAAUGAAGGAUUGAGUCCUUUUCUGAUUUAUUUCAGAUAAGAUUCCUAUAGGAGAAGAUUAAGUGUGUAAUUCCAUCCUAAAAUUUGGAGACACCAGGAAGAUUAUCCCUUUCUGUUGAGAGAAGAGAAAAACUGGAACAUUCUAUUUUUCUUUUACAUCAGAAAAAAAAAUUAAAACUACUAAAAUUUAAAAAUAUAUUAUGAACUAUCUGUAGGAAACCAAAUACUCCCAAAAUGUCAUUUAGUUUUAUUGCUUGCUGAAAUUCAGGAUAAGAAGCCAGCCAGAAGCCUUCUUGACAGGCAUAAUUAGUAAAAUAGCAAAUAUUCUGAGUUAUUUAGAAUCCAUUUGCUAAGCCAUUUGGCUGGGAUCCCAUUUUCAAGGUUAAGGCAGUCUAUGGAAGUCUCUGAAUUAGGUAGAGAAAGCAUUAGUGUACUCUGCAUAACUGUGCAAGACUCACUGGCCAUGUGCUUGUGAGCACAUCUGUUAUUUAUGAAAGCAAGUGAGGUCAUGCCAAGAUAGUCACAUGCUUAGCUUGGAAAGACUGGCUUCUAGCAUUUGUUCUUUGUUGAAUUACUGGUUUUCCAAUACUUAGCACUUGCAUAACACCAUAUUUAAAAUGUUCUACAGACUAACCAAAAUACAUAUCUCAGCUUCCAGUUCGAAAGUAAAAUGAUUUUCAGUCCGCUUUGGAAAAUGUGGACCUGCAGCUUUUGUGCAAAGAUUGUCCAUGUGAACACACCCCACAGGGAGGAAGAAAUCAUAGGAACAGCCUUCUCCUUUGCAAGCUGAUGUGUGACUGCCAACCUCCAUCAGUGGUUUGGCCAAAUGCCGAUCCUGGGAAGCUUCAGAUAGCUUCAGCUUGUAUCGAUUUCAGAGCAGGCACUUUAAAAACAGAACUUGUGAAGGAGGAAGAACAGUAACCAUGGUCAUUCACCUGAGCUACUCUAAAGGUUUGAGUACAGUGGCUGGUGUUUCAGGACAACGAAGUCAGAGGCUAGGACAUGCUUGAUUUGUGAGGCUAUACUGAGAAGUACUAUAGUCAUGUAUAUCAAACAAAAUACAGCAUGGGCUCCCAUAACUGGAGUGCUUUUUCUCAUAUGUGCUUGUGAGACGGUAGAUCAGUGUUUUUCCUUCAAAAGCAAUGGAAUUGUAGGGUUUUACUUCAUCUGAGGAAGUAGCUCUUUUCUAUGUAAAGUCAGAUGAAACUGUGACAACUGCCUCUUUCUUUUUUGAACAUGUGUCUCUCUUCUGUGACAAGAUGGUAUUUGUUCAGCAUGUAAACAGAUGAGCUUGAAUAGUGUCAAUGUGUUAUUGUAAAUAUGUUCUUUCUAUUAACUCAGACAUAUUUUACAAGAGGACUCUGGAAGCACAUGGUGAACUUGGUGUACUAUAGCUGACUUCUUUUCCUGAUUCUUAUUUAUUUUGGAAAUCUUUUCUUCCAUUAAUAGGCUUGGACAUUUUAAUCUGGGUGUCAUCAAAAAGGGGGAAAUAUUUUAAGAUAAAGUAAAAAAUUAAUAUAUAUAUAUAUAUAUAUAUGUAUGCUGUAAAUAAAUAUUUUGGU